UCGGAUGGUGUAGCCGCAUAUUCUGGGAGGAGCAGCCGCAGCAGCCAAAAGCCAACACGCAAAAAAUGUGAAGGGUGAAGUAAAAAAGAAAAGAAAAAAGAAAAGAAGUCGCUCGCCGUGUAGAGUCGCUCGCGCUCCUCCGGCUUCACUUUUUCAAGCCUCCUCAGAUUUUACCCGAAUGCUCAGUGGUGCUGCAGCAGCGCGCGCUCUCUCCGCUCCACCGUGGCGAGCUGUGGCUUGAGAGACAAAACCCCCCAAAGGCACCAGAGGAACCAAGAAGGAGAAGAAGCAGAAGAAGAAGCAGAAGAAGAAGAAGAAGAAGAGGAGGAGAGGAACCGGAGCCGCAGCUGAGAGAGAGACGGCGAAGUUUCUUUGGAGGGAAGCGAGAGUUUGGGGAGGUUUUUACGCACUGCGCCAGGAUGCAGGCGCGCUACUCCGUCUCCAGCCCCAACUCGCUGGGAGUUGUGCCGUACAUCAGCAGCGACCAGGGCUACUACCGGGCCGGCGGCGGAUACACCGGGAUGCCCGCGCCCAUGAGCAUGUACUCGCACGCGGCGCACGACCAGUACCCGGCCAGCAUGGCCCGGGCGUACGGGCCGUACACGCCGCAGCACCAGCCGAAGGACAUGGUGAAGCCGCCGUACAGCUACAUCGCGCUCAUCACCAUGGCGAUCCAGAACUCGCCGGAGAAGAAGAUCACCCUGAACGGGAUUUAUCAGUUCAUCAUGGAGCGGUUCCCCUUCUACCGGGACAACAAGCAGGGCUGGCAGAACAGCAUACGGCACAACCUGUCGCUGAACGAGUGCUUCGUCAAAGUGCCCCGGGACGACAAGAAGCCCGGUAAGGGCAGCUACUGGACCCUGGACCCGGACUCCUACAACAUGUUCGAGAACGGCAGCUUCCUGCGGCGCCGGCGGAGGUUCAAGAAGAAGGACGUGCAGAAGGACAAGGACGAGCGCCAGGGCAAGGAGCCCUCGUCCCGCACCCCGGGCCGCGAGCAGGAGCCGCCGGCGCAGGGCUCGCAGCCGGUGAGGAUCCAGGAUAUAAAGACGGAGAACGGGACGUCCACGCCGCCGCAGGCCGCGUCCCCGAGCGCCGUGCCCAAGAUCGAGAGCCCCGACAGCAGCAGCAGCAGCAUGUCGACGGGCAGCCCGCACAGCGUGCCCUCCAGCCGGUCACUCAGCAUGGACGGACCCGAGCAGCAGCACCAGCAGCAGCAGCAGCAGCAGCAGCAGCAGCAGCAGCACCACGGCCAGGCCCCGGCGCAGGGCUUCAGCGUGGACAACAUCAUGACCUCCCUGCGGGGAUCUCCGCAGGCCGAGCUCUCGUCGCCUCUCGUCGCCUCCUCCCGGACAGGUAUCACCCCGUCGCUGUCGCUCAACUACUCCCCGAACCAGACGUCCGCGUACAACUCGCCGACCUGCGGCCAGAACUCCAGCGCCACGUACCACUGCAACAUGCAGGCGAUGAGCCUGUACGCGGGGGAGCGGCCGGCCGCCGGCGGCCACCUGGCGCCAAGCGCCGCGGUGGACGAGCCGCUGCCCGACUACUGCAUCACCGCGACCGCCGCGUCGCCGCUCGGCCACGGCAACGCGAGCCAGGCGGGCCAGGAGGGCGGCGGCGGCCACCACCACGCGCACCAGGGCCGGCUCGCGUCCUGGUACGGGGACCUGAGCCACCUGAGCCCCGGUUACCCGGCGCAGCAGCAGAACUUCCACUCGGUGCGGGAGAUGUUCGAGUCCCAGCGGAUCGGGCUCAACGGCUCCCCGGUGAACGGGAAUAACAGCUGUCAGAUGGCCUUCCCGUCCGGCCAGUCCCUGUACCGCACCUCGGGAGCUUUUGUUUAUGACUGCAGCAAAUUCUGAAGACAUAACACAGAUGAUUUUUUUUUUUUUUUUUUUUUUAAAUGAACAACUCUUAAUAUAUAUUUUCUAUAUAUUAUUUUUUUCUACUCUUGGUCUUUUGACCCACACUCCGAAUGGACUUCAGAGAUUUUUUUCUUUUUUUUUUCUGUCGAGGCCAAAAACGACACGUAAGUUUUUCUUCCCUCUCACUUUGAGAAUUGUUUUUUUUAAUUUUUUUUUUUAAUGAAAAUGACUCAAAACACCAGCGAGCUCCUUAUGACUACAGACUGUAAAUUAUAGCCUAAUAUAGUAAUUUAUUUUUCAGGAAAAAAAGGGGGGGAGUGGUUGGAUUAUUGAGAGGACCAAACACUUCUCCAGUUUGUUUUUUUUUCUUUAUCGCUGCAAUUUUAAUAUCGUCCCAGUUCUUGUAUAGAAACAGAGGAGGAACCUGUUGUAGCUCAUACUGACUUAUUCUAUUCAUCUUGUCUUAUUUGUUUUACAAAAAAACAACAUAUUUUGAAGGCAUUACAUUUGUUUCUGUAAUAAAGUGCCGUCUAUUUGAUUUUAA